GGCAAUCAUGAGCACAGAUGCAGAGAUGGCGGCAUUUGGCCCGGCGGCCAUCUACCUCCGAAAGCCGGAAAGGGAGAGGCUUGAAGCCCAGACCGCUCCCUUUGAUGCCAAAACAGCUUUCUUUGUGGUUGAGCCCAAAGAGAUGUACCUCAAAGGGGUUCUCCAGAGUAAAGAGGGUGGCAAAGCCACUGUCAAAACUCUGUGUAACAAAGUAAGUAAAUAUUUUAUUGAUAUACUGUAAUGCAAAUCAAAUCAAAUUGUAUUGCAGUGAUGGCUAUGCUGUUUUCUAAGCUAAAAACUGUGAUAUGAGUUAAAACCUUAAUCUAAUUUAUUCCUGUCACAGGUCCUCACUGUAAAGGAGGACGAUAUCCACCCCAUGAACCCUCCAAAGUACGAUAAAAUCGAGGACAUGGCCAUGAUGACCCACCUCAACGAGCCCACUGUUCUGUAUAACCUCAAAGAGCGUUACGCAGCAUGGAUGAUCUAUGUGAGUUUAAAGUAAAAGAUUAUCUAGCAGUAAAUACAUGAAUCAAUGAAGAGUUGAUAAAUAUUCUCCUCUGUUACAGACCUACUCUGGGCUGUUCUGCGUCACGGUGAACCCCUACAAGUGGCUCCCAGUGUACGACUCUGUGGUUGUGAAUGCUUAUAGAGGAAAAAAGAGAAUUGAGGCCCCACCCCACAUCUUCUCCAUCUCUGAUAAUGCAUAUCAAUUCAUGCUCACUGGUACACAAAUACCCAUGCUACUACAACAACAAUUUACUGUACAGAAUUAUAGAAUAACUCUGAAACUGAUUUGCACUUACCUUUCCAUUUUCAGACCAUGAGAACCAGUCAAUUCUGAUCACGUAAGUCCAAAUCAAUGACUAAAUGUGGGUAAGAAUAUUGUUGAAUAACUAACUUUACAACUAGCUCCCUGAUGGAUGUUCAGUAGCAUUGCAGUUUAGUAGAUAAAGUGCUCUUACUGAGAUUAUUGAAACAAAGAUGACCGAUAAGAGUAAAACUAAUCUGUGUAUACUCCCAGUGGAGAAUCCGGUGCAGGAAAGACUGUGAAUACCAAGCGUGUCAUCCAGUACUUUGCGACAAUCGCAGUGGCUGGAGGCAAGAAAGAACAAGCAGCAGCUGCUACUUCUGGGAAAAUAAAGGUCAGAAACAUUACUGUAGCCUUACAGAUCUAGUUUAGGGGGGUUGUAUGAAUCAAAGAUCCAGUAUGUACGCAUCUUCAAAACAUGACUAAAUGUGAUGACAUCUCUAGGGGUCGCUGGAGGAUCAAAUCAUUGCAGCUAACCCCCUACUGGAGGCCUAUGGUAAUGCAAAGACCGUGAGAAAUGACAACUCCUCACGCUUUGUAAGUAUAAAAAUGAUUUUUUGCAUUUGUGAGCUUUCUUGGUUUUGAAGGGUAAUAUACUGAUGGAUAUCUAAUGAACCUUUUAGGGUAAGUUCAUCAGAAUCCAUUUUGGAACAACUGGAAAGUUGGCCUCUGCUGAUAUUGAAACAUGUAAGUGCCUCCUGAUCAGUGUAUCUUUAUCCAAUUGUGAUUCACACAUGAAAAAGACUCCUGCUCAUACAAAAACCUACUCUACAGAUCUACUGGAGAAGUCCAGAGUAACAUUCCAGCUGUCUGCUGAGAGAAGCUACCACAUCUUCUAUCAGCUCAUGACUGGACACCAGCCACAAUUGCUGGGUGAGAGACAAAUAUAGAAAUCUGACAUGGAAUGCAUAGGGCCAACAGUACAUACAUUAUACAUACAGUAAUUGUAACUGUGCUAAAUACUGUAUGUUUUCAAACUUUUGUAUGUAUUUCAGAGGCACUUCUGAUCACCACCAACCCCUAUGACUAUCCUAUGAUAAGUCAGGGUGAAAUCGCUGUCAAGAGUAUUGAUGAUACAGAGGAGUUCAUCGCCACUGAUGUAAGUAAAACAAAUUACAACAAUGUAGGAAAAAUAUAAUUGUAUGAUCUUGAAAGCCAAGGUUUCUCUACAGAAUGUGAAAACGUCUAAAAAGCUAUUCAAAAGCAACUUGUAUCGUGUUGGUAUGCCUUCGAAAACAUGUUAACUGAUAUUGUAGCUUAUAUCUUAACAAAGCAAUAUUCCCUAAAACAUUUCCAGAGAACAUUUUAACAAUCUCUGUCAUUGUGUUACUGAAAACUGGGUAAAUAAUCCACAAAAAACAUUUAAAGAAAGCAUAAAUCAAACAUGCUUUAAUUCUCCAUAGAUGGCCAUAGACAUUUUGGGCUUCACUGCUGAGGAGAAGAUAGGCAUCUACAAGCUGACUGGUUCUGUGAUGCAUCAUGGGGCAAUGAAGUUCAAGCAGAAGCAGCGUGAGGAGCAGGCAGAGCCUGAUGGCACUGAGGGUAACUAUCAGAAUGCAACCUUUUUUAUUUAUAUAAUUUCUCAAUGGGCAACUAGCCUACCUUGUCUCUUGCAAUAUCAACUGUAAUGUACUUUGAAAUGGUCAAGGUUAAUUAUCAAGUUUCUUCCAGCCUACUUUAUACAGCUUAAUUUACAGGUUUAAGCAAUGUACCAACAAAAUAUAGCCUAAUGUUUAACGUGCAUGUUACAUUUUCUCUCCCAACCAGAGGCUGAUAAAAUAUCCUACCUCAUGGGCCUGAACUCUGCUGACUUGCUCAAAGCUCUGUGCUACCCCAGAGUGAAGGUCGGGAAUGAGAUGGUGACCAAGGGGCAGACUGUGCCACAGGUAGAAUCUUUUAGACUAUUUUCAAUUGUAGUAGAUUUGCAAAAGGUAAAAUGAAUGUGAAUAUUAUUAUUACCUUUUUUCUAUAGGUGAACAAUUCAACUAUGGCCCUCUGUAAAUCUGUCUAUGAGAAAAUGUUCUUGUGGAUGGUCGUCCGUAUCAAUGAGAUGUUGGACACAAAGCAGGCUAGACAAUUCUUCAUUGGUGUUUUGGACAUUGCUGGAUUUGAGAUCUUUGAUGUGAGUAUUUGUAUAUCUUAAAUUCAGCACGUUGCUGUUCAGCUCAUCCUUCUGCUUAAACAAAUUACAAUAACCAAGAGUAGACAUUAUGCUUGUACAAUAUAUGCUGAUGAAAAUAUGAACUAGCAGUCAUGUUGGGUAACUCUUGACUUUCAAUGUUUCUGUAUUUGAACAUUAGUACAACAGCUUGGAGCAACUUUGUAUCAACUUCACCAAUGAGAAACUGCAACAGUUUUUCAACCACCACAUGUUUGUACUGGAGCAAGAGGAGUACAAGAAAGAGGGAAUUGAAUGGGAGUUCAUUGACUUUGGUAUGGACUUGGCUGCCUGCAUUGAGCUUAUUGAGAAGGUAGGUGAGAUCUUAAAAAAGCAGACAAUACAAUAACAGACAUGUCUGCUUAUCAGUUUAAUAUUUCACAUCGUCUUGUCACCAACAGCCAAUGGGCAUCUUCUCCAUCCUUGAAGAGGAGUGCAUGUUCCCCAAGGCUUCAGACACUACCUUCAAGAACAAGCUGUAUGACCAGCAUCUUGGUAAAAACAAAGCUUUUGAGAAGCCUAAACCUGGAAAAGGCAAGGCUGAGGCCCACUUUGCCCUGGUGCACUAUGCUGGCACUGUGGAAUACAGUGUCACAGGCUGGCUGGACAAGAACAAGGACCCCCUGAACGACUCUGUUGUGCAGCUCUACCAGAAGUCCUCAGUCAAACUGUUGGCUUUGCUGUAUGUAGGAGCAGCAGCUUCACAAGCAGACGGUACAUCCCAUAGUAUCCUGAAUUUCUCAUACUACAGGAGGAGACUAUAUCUACCCCUUCCCUUGUUAUAUAGUUUAUGGUUAUAAAGCAUUGCGUUUGAAGUGGUCAUUUGAGUUAAAUAGCAUUAGUAUUACUGGAAAUGUCAGUAUACUAGAUUUAUAUAUGAUUAUAUACAUAUUCAAUACAGUAUUCUUUAGAUUGACCCACUGUAUAUAAUGUACAUGAGUCAAUAUUCGUUUUCAGGCAGUGACAAUAUGUACAAAUGUAAUUGGGAUGAGAAAAUAACUGGCCUAACACAUUUGUAAACAGAUGCUGCAAAAGGAGGCGGAGGCAAGAAGAAGAAGGGUGGUUCCUUCCAGACUGUGUCGGCUCUGUUCAGGGUAUCUACAUUCGUAUUAUCCUUUAUUAUGAUGUAAUAAGGUGUAACGUGGGGGGCUAAUAGGUAGCUAUCAUUGGUAUUUCGUUUUUUGGGUUAUGAUAAGGUAAAACAGUUGUAUAUCAUCUCUAUUCAUAAUUAAUAUUCUUCCAAAUCCAUGGGUAUAUUUUAUUAAUUGAAAUGACUGGACAUCUUACAGAAUGUGGCUUUAAUCAAAGGUGUCAAACACAACUUUGUUUAUUACAGAAUCUCAUUCCCAAUUUACACAUUUUCCAAUCCCACAGGAGAAUUUGGGCAAGCUGAUGACCAACUUGAGGAGCACCCAUCCUCACUUUGUGCGAUGUUUGAUUCCGAAUGAAUCAAAGACACCAGGUGUGUACUGUGAGAUUAACAAUACAACAGACAUCUUUAAUGCCAAGCAUAAAUAAUCUUCUUUAAAAUAAGCAUGUAAAAUCCCUAGAUGUUUUAGUAUAUGUCAAGGAGUUUAAUACAAUGUUUUCCCUAUGGUUAAGGUCUGAUGGAGAACUUCCUGGUCAUCCACCAGCUGAGGUGUAAUGGUGUACUGGAAGGCAUCAGAAUCUGCAGAAAGGGCUUCCCCAGCAGAAUCCAAUAUGGUGACUUCAAGCAGAGGUAAUUAAUGUUCAGUGAGGGAAAAUGCCAAAAAGAUUUUAAAGUACUUCUUUCACAGGCAUGAUCACAUCACAUACUAAUGUAUUUUGUAUUGUAUAUAUAUAUUUUAUCCCCCUUAAUCAUCAUGUCAGAUACAAAGUAUUGAAUGCAAGUGUCAUCCCUGAUGGACAAUUUAUUGACAACAAGAAGGCUUCAGAGAAGCUCCUGGGAUCAAUAGAUGUGGACAAGAGUCAGUACAAGUUUGGGCACACCAAGGUAGAGCAAUAGACUGCAGCAUCACUUUUCCCACAAAAACCACAAACAUUGAGCUUAAUUGAAAAUAAUUGUAGCUCUGUAUCUUCUAUAAAUAUAAUGAAGAUCAAUAUUCCUGUAGGUGUUCUUCAAAGCUGGUCUGUUGGGUACUCUGGAGGAGAUGCGAGAUGAGAAACUGGUUACUCUGGUGACCAUGACUCAGGCUCUCUGCAGAGGCUACGUCAUGAGGAAAGAGUUUGUCAAGAUGAUGGCGAGACGGUAGCUACACUAUUUUACAGAACAGUGUUUUUUAACCCUGGUCCUGGGGACUCAAAGGGGUGCACAUUUUAGUUUUUGCCCUAGUACUACACACCUGAUUCCACUUAUCAAAUGUUUGAUGAUGAGUUAAUUAAUGCAAUCAGGUGUGAAGUGCUAGGGUAAAAAACAAAAUGUGCACCCCUUGGGGUCCCCAGGACCAGGAUUCAGAAACACUGUUAUAGAGUACGUUAUAUUGAGCCAGUGAAGAGAAUCCCCCCAAAACUAUUUGUUUUAAUGUUUAUUAUUAACAGAGAAGCAAUUUACUCCAUCCAAUACAACAUCCGCUCUUUUAUGAAUGUCAAACACUGGCCAUGGAUGAAGCUGUACUUCAAGAUCAAGCCUCUUUUAAAAUCAGCAGAAAC